AUGUUAACAAGGUUUAUCUCAAACUUUGUGGCAGAUCAUGUACCACUCCAUUAUAGGAAUUGGAGACGUGUUCCUUUCCAUUACUAUGAAGCUAUGUAUCUUGAGAUUCAAACAUAUUUUAAUCUUGAUAUGUAUCGGGGAAGCAGUGAAAAGAAUGUAAAGAAAGCAGGUCCAAACUUCAAAUUACGAGUUCUCAUGGAAGUAGAACAUAUGCAGACAGACGACGUGAGGAGACAGAAAAAGGAGAAGACCGGCAACAUAUCGAUGGUUGGAGACAAAUGCGAUUUAAAGAAAGUUGGGGUUGGUGUACACCGCAAGCAGAAGUAGUUUGAGAAAACAUUCAAUGAGAGAAGAUGUUGAUGCAGUCAGAGCUUCGUGAGAACAAAAAGCUAAAUGAAGAACAAUGUCUCGCUCGUGCCCUCGGUGAGAGACGUGGGCAUAUGCGCGGAAUUGGAAGGAAACCAAGCAUCAACAAUAAUUUAUUUCCAAAUGAACAUACCAAACAUUCCCAAGCUUCCACAUCCCAAUGUUCAGAUAAUCCCCAAGUUGCUGUAUUAUCCCAACAAAUUCAAAUCAUGCAACAACAAAUGCUACAAAUGAACCAAAUGUUUAAUAACACUUUCGCGUCCGUCAUUCCAAACUUCCAACCACAACCAAUGCCACAAUUCCAGUUUAAUCCCAAUAUGUUUUCACAAAAUAACCCCGAAACAUCCAAUGAACACGAAGAGGAUGAUGAUGAUGAUGAUGAUGAUGAUGUUGGUGAUGGUGGUGAUGAUGAUGAUGAUGAGGAGGAGGAGGAGGAGGAGAACUAGAACGAUAGUGACGACAAUGUUUGUUAAAAACUUGCUUUUUUGGUUAUGUAGUAGAAUAUGAAUGAUAUGGUGUGUAAUAGAAUUUGAAUGGUAUGUUAGGUUUAUUAAGUGUUUUUGGAUUUUAA